AUGUCCAAGAAGCAACGAAUAUCUUCCAAUCCUACCGAAAAAGCCACACUAUCCUUAAAUGAGAGGAUACUACGAGAAUGCCAUGGGCUCUAUGCAGAUCAGGAUAAAGGCUUGGUUUCCAUGGCUAAAAGCCUCGAUCUGUCUUUAUUAACCCCUCGAAAUAAAAUUACAGUUUUACUGAUUGGUAAUCACUCUGCUGGUAAAUCAUCCUUUAUUAAUUGGUAUGUCGAGGAACAUGUUCAAAAAACUGGAGUUGCAAUAGAAACGCAAGGGUUUACUUUUGUUACUAGCGGCAAGAAACGUGAAACUUUAACUGGUAAUGCUACUUUACAUUUAUAUCCGCACUUUAAACCCCUACAAAGAUUCGAAGGCGUAGUAGAAUAUUUGACAACGGAAAUUUCUACUUCUAAGCAAAAGAAAUUCUCCGUAAUUACGUUUAUUGAUACUCCUGGCUUAGUGGAUGGCGAUAUGUUGUAUCCAUUUGAUGUAGACAAAACAAUCGAAUGGCUAGGCAACAUGGCAGAUUUGAUUUUUGUCUUUUUUGAUCCAAUUGGUCAAGCUCUUUGUAAGAGAACACUCAAUAUUGUUCAAACUUUAAAUGGUAAGCAUGGAGAUCGCCUUCGAUUUUAUUUAAGUAAGGCAGAUACAGCCGGGACAGAAACGGAUAGGCAGGCAAGUUCUACACGGGUUAUGAUGCAAAUUACUCAAGAACUAUGCAAACGGCCUGGAUUAAAUAAGACAGGGUUUGAUAUGCCGACAAUUUAUGUACCGUCUAUGACCUCAGGCAAGCCUAUAAGAUGUGAGAAUCAAAUUGAAGAUGUUUGCAAAACUGUGGAGAAGACAAUUAGCCAGACGAUUCAAAAUACCUUAAAUUCAUUGGAAAAAGACUGCCAAAAAAUUGCAGAUGCUGUAGACGAGAAGCUUCGGAUUAAUGCUGAAAAUUCAUCGUACAACCUAAAAGCCCGUGGCAAAGGAUUCAUUUUCGGAUUUUUUGGUUUAACAUUGCCGUUGUUAAUUUUGGUUGCAUGGCUUACAAGCUUGCCAGUCAUUAAUAAAGUUCUUGGUUCUGAAUUAACAGAUACACUAAAGUCAUACCUGGUAUGUACUAUGAAUUUUGAAGGAAUACAAAACAAACUUAUUAAUUAUUUUCAUUGUGGUAUCCUUCUUCUAUUGGAUACUGAUUAUAUAUUGUACAUGCGUUGUUGUUAUAGACUGAAAGACACAAUGUCACGCAAACAAAUUCGACGCAUGAUGGAAGUUCAAAGUUAUGUAACUGGUCAUGUGAAGACUAAAAAAGAACAACUAUAUCAAGAAUAUCUAACUCAAAGUAUCGGUUCAACAGACCUGUCUUAA